UAAGACUUUUCUGUAACAGAUCAGACUUCUUAAGGCUACAGUGCACCUGGAUUCCUAAGGAUUAGCAACGGGCUUGCUUCCGAGUUCUUGAAUCCCUUCCAGCUUUGUCCAAAACCAUUUUUUUUCUUUUUAGUUUUUGGUUUGUAACACGCUAAGAAGGGGGGGAAAGGGGACUGCAGGAGGGAUGAGCAGCAGUGGGCUGGUUCUGAGCACCCCAAAUCUUGAAGAAAGUACGGUGUUUACGCAAUUAAAACCAGUCACAAUGUCCGGGGAGUCUGCUGAAGACACCUCGGUCUUUGAAGACAUCAAACCUGCUAUAAGGAUCUUGGAAAACCAACAUGAGCUGGCGCAGCUUACCCCACUGAGGAUGGAGCAGCGAAUGCCACUUACUAUGGAGGCACGUUCUGAAAUGGACAAAUACCUCUCCAGUCAGCUGAUGCCAAUUCCAAUGGUGCCAGACAAGAAAUACCGUAGGGAGAGCGCCUCUGUGGUAGACGAGUUCUUCUCAACAGAGAAGCCCUCCUCCACGCCAUACAGUGUGAACAUCAAUGUGAUACUGCCUGACACCACACACCUGCGAACCGGGCUCUACCGGCCAGCCAAACCCCUCACCCCAUUCCCACAGAUCAAAACAGAGCCUGGCACCAGCUUCACCCAGCCCUGCUCAUCCACGGCAGGCUCGACGCAGACGCUGCCGGAUUUCACCAGUGUCUUUAGCAUGCCGCAGUCGGUGGCGGUGAACAAUAUCUUCAUCAAGCAGGAGAUGCCCUCGGAGAUCCCUUUGUCUGGCAGCCCGCAGCAGGCCCAGCUUUACCAGAUGCCCAUUGGAAAUGGUGAUGCUGAUGUUGCCACAAUGGUGCCCUCUACUGGCAGCACCACAGCCAUCAACACCAUCAGCGGCGUCACCAUGUCCACGGGCAGCGCCAUGCUCCCCAGACCCAUCCAGCCUGGCGGACAAGUGAAGCACUUCCAAAAUGUCUCCCAAGGUCAGGGGAACUUCAACAUCACGGGGCAUUUCUACCCUGUCCCAGGACUGAGCCUGCCCCCUUCACCUCCAAACUCACAGCCUGGCAGCCCUGAGAAUCAACCCGAGCUCAUUAACACCAUCUCGCCCCCACCCUCCUACGAAGCCACAUUUGGAUUGAAGCUGAUACAGUCGUCCCAGAUCCCCACACUCCCAAACGGUCUCGGGACCCUCUCCCAAGGGCACAUUAUCAUGCCAACCCCCAAAUACAACAGACGCAAUAACCCAGAGCUGGAGAAAAGGAGGAUCCAUCACUGUGAUUACCCAGGUUGCACGAAAGUUUACACCAAGAGUUCCCACCUGAAGGCACAUCAGAGAACUCACACAGGAGAGAAGCCAUACAAAUGCACCUGGGAAGGCUGCGACUGGCGCUUUGCCCGCUCCGAUGAGCUUACCCGGCACUACCGCAAGCACACAGGUGCCAAGCCCUUCAAGUGCCUAGCCUGCGGGCGCUGCUUCUCCCGCUCCGACCACCUGGCUCUGCACAUGAAGAGACACCAGAACUAGUGGCAGAGCUCCUGCCCCGCCCUUGCCUCCCUUCCAGGAGCAGCUGGGACACCUUCCUCUUGGACGGAUGACUCGUCUUGUACAUAGGAACAAAACCGUGCUGUGAUCAAAUGGCAGCGUGUGAGCUCUGUGCACGCUUCCUCCUUGUGUCCUGUCACCAAGGUACUCUUAGGUAAAGGAUGAUUAAAACUAUAUCUGUAUCCUGGCCAGGAUCCCACUUCCUGACCAGGAGAUGUUCCUUGGACUCCAGGACUCUCCCUUCCAGUGAAUUUGCUAUUUAUUUUUCACUCCGAAGCAAUUUUCCCUUUUGUCAAACUCUUUGGAGCCUUUCCUUCCCUUUUGGGGUCUGCCUCUGGUUGGGAAUGAGCAGAAAUAUGUCGGGCGGAUGGGCCGCUGGGCUAGCCAGCUGUUGGGAGGGCUUUAUCAAGUUCUUUGUGGAGCCUUCUUGGACUGAGCUAUUCCAUAACCAAGUUGCCACUAGCAGUGUAGCACACAGGACAUCCAAGCCAUGCAAGAAUAGCAGUGAGUGUCCAUGGCUUGUUUGGAAAGUCAGGUCUUUAGUCUUCACCCCUGUGGUUGCAAGAAACAAGGGCAGGAAAACCUAUCCCAAGAAGUUCCGCCACAGCUGGGACAGAUCCCAAGCAGACAACAAAGCCAUUGUUCAUGCUCCACUGAGACCACCUGAUAUUUCCUGCAAGAGAGGUGGCUUUGGGUUGUGAAUUCCUAUAUUUCUUUGCCAGGCAUGUCUAACAUCGAGCCCUUAGCAUUUCUGCUUGGAGGAUGGUUUUGGCUUCUGCUCUCUCUGUUGUGAGAACCAGGCUGGCUUUCAGAGGCGGGAAGUGGCCAGUCUCCAUGAAGAAAAAAAAAAGAAGACACACUGUUUUCCCAGAAUGCAUUGUGCCUUUGAUUUCCAAGGAUACAUUGAGUGGGGCCCCCCGCAGGCCUCGAACACAAGAGACUGGUCAUUACAAACCACUUUUUCCUGUUGCCAUUUGUGCAUUUUACCACAUUCAGAAAAGCAGCUUUGAAAAUAAACUUGUGCAAACUGUGAUCAUGUUACCUACCUCACAGGUUCAUGGCCCCACGCUCUCCAAGGAGCCUUCACUUGUCUUCCUCAGAACACCUCGAUGUGCAGCGUGCAGGGGAGACCCCGGAAGCACAUGAAAAGUUAAACAUGGGCAGAGUAAGAAUAGGCUAUGCCCAUUGAAACUGCAGCAAUGUAGAAGAUAAGAAACAAAUCAGGACACGUAAUCAGCCUAGCAUGUUCAACAGUACUUUGAUUUUUCCUGGCGAACAAAUGUAAAUAAUGUACAGACAGUGAUGUGUGAUAGAAAAUCAACCAAUAGGCAAAACCACAUGGGCUGUGGAGAUUCUGGAAACUUUAUCCCACCUGCAGCCUACAAGUCAAAUGUGGCCCAUCGCUGCCCUGAAGGAAGCCAAUCAAACUUCUGGUGAACAUAGCCAGUCCUGUAUGUCUGUCCAAGAAGAUACAAGGGAGGGCAGAUGUCAGGGCUUGUGCAUGCUCGUUAGUUACUGAGUUAGGUUUACACAUGCAUUACUGUAGGUGUGCCCCUGGGAUUCCUGGCAAGCUGCCCACAAAGUCUCAAUGUUUGGGCUGUCCCUGAUUCAGCGCUUUCUAAGCAGCUUAUCUCUCCAGUCCAGGGGGCACAUGUUAGGCCACAUCAAUUACCCAACUGCAAUGAUUCAUUGGGAUUAAACUUCACUGACCUCCAGAUGUGCAGGCGGAGCUGGGAGCGGAGCAGUCUCUGCAGAGCUUGGCCCUGGGUCUGUGAACAGGGACACGGCUCAUGUCUUGGCUUGCUGAGCUGCAUUCCCUGGGCUUACCGGCUCUGACUUGAUUCUGCUCUUCAGACUUGCCAGCUCACCUGAGUUCCUUGCCAAAUGGUCUGGGAAGCUCUGGUGACUGUGGUCCUCCAGCAUGCUCCCUGCCUGCCUGCCCCGCCUUUCCUGUUUUGACCCUGACAAAUGGCAGAUGCCCAGUCAGGGCCUCCAAAGCCAGGCUUGAAAAGCAGUCAGAAAGGAUAAUCAUAACUGGAGCCAAAAUAAACGAGGAAGGGAGCCUGAGGGUGCAACUCUGAAUUGCACCCGCCCCUUUCUAGGGUAUUUUGGAGGCUCCUCCAUGCACCGCCGUCAGGGGCUGCAUUUCUUUAAUAAAAGGCCCUUGUUAUAAUACCAGGAUCCCUGGGGAAUUGAUAUGUGCCAUAUGUUUAUUGCUGUAAAGGAUGCAUUAUUUUAUCGUGUACUUUGUCAAAUAGGUGUAUACGUGUGCAUAUAUAUGUGAGUGUGUGUGUGUGUAUAUAUAUAUAUAUAUAUAUAUAGUAGGGUGUGUGUGCAUGUGUGUGUGUAUAUAUAUAGGGUGUGAGUGCAUAUGUGUGUGUGUUUAGGGCAGCAUCUGCUUCAUUGGCACAGAUUCUGGUGUGCACAGGAACAUGGCAAUGAGGUGGUGGUCCUAAUUCUCCAGUGCUCAGUUUAUAGGGUUAGUGGCCUCUGAUAUACAAGAGAUCAGAUUAGAUCAUCUAGGAUUUCUGGUCUUCAACUCUGAUGCUACGGUUCUCUGUGUACAUGGCUCGUUCCCUUUUAGUUCAUGACUUGCUUUAAACGAAGCUUCGUAGUAAGCAUUUAAUCCUGAGCUCUGACCAAUGCUAUGCCAGCAAACACCAUGUCACACCAGAGCACGGCCAAUCCCAGGCAUGCCGUUUUCUGGGCUCGGUGUGCCAUGAAUCCAUCAAUGAGAUGCCUCCCACUGAAUCUGUACUCCAUCAGUUGUGCCAGCAGGCAUCCAUUUGUAGAGAGAGGUUCUCUGUGUGGAUCCUACUGUAUCACUGCAGGGUGGGGAAGUUCUCUGUGCACUGAGAAAGGUCUUGCUGUUGAGAAUGUUCAGGCCUUCAGUACUGCAUGCACGCACGCACACACACACACACACAGAGUCUCUGUCAUUUGGGAUUAUCUAAACUGGAAGGCAUUUCAUUGUAAGACAACAACACAUGUUUAACCAGUCACAUCUCCUGGCUCCUGGAAGUUAGGGCUGGGUGGAUGGAUUGGCUGGGAACCCAAACUAGCCAUGUUGGAGCCUGUUGAGCCCAACCCAGUGUUGGCUUGGGUUCAGCUGAUAUAGCAUUACGAUAUAUUGAACCUGUAAGGCCUUUCCCACCAUCCCUGUUGCUCAUGAAACUCCUCCCCCCAUAUGCACACAUCCCAAAUAUCCACAACAUAGGAUCCUAGUGAUUAGCAGCAUGGUUACAACAGUUCCAUAGAAUAGGGCAGCUGGAGAAUGCAACAUUAGCAAAUCAGAGUCAUGACUCUCACAGUUGGGCUACGUGUUGACCACAUUCCACCGUCUAGCUGUGUGGGCAACCCUCAUGGACACGUUGAGAAGAGUCUCAUUCUGUCUGUGGAUUUGGGGGAGUAUGGAGCCCACAGUGUGAAAGGCUGGUGGGAGAUCCUCUGAUAAAGUACCACAUCAGCUGCAUUAUGACAGCACAAUGAGGGAGUGAUAAGUCUUUACCUGCAAAGGGCUUUGUUGUAGCAGCCUUAAAACUGGACUUUGCAUGGCGUACUGUGUGCUUUUGUUUUUUGUUUUUAAAUGCUAAAUUUCAACAGAAUCAAAGGAAAAUUUUCCUGCAAAAGUGAUGAAAAGCAGGUUAAAAUGUGAAAUAUUUUAUGCCUUGGACUUCAUGGCUUUAGAGCUGAGUAAGAACCAAACUCUGCCUCUUCCUCCCUGUUAAAUCUCUCACACCCACGCAGUGUCAUGCCGACAGUGGAGGACUAAUGGGCAUUACCUAUUCACUGGAGCGGGUAAAAACCGGUCAUUCGAUUUGUUUGGCGGGAAAUGUCAUUGUUUUCAAAAUUUCCUGAUGAGCCUUUUGGGGGCGAAAAAGAUUUUGUUUUUGAAAAACGGUUUUUGGUAAAAUGGUUAGUUUAAAACAAAAAUUUUAAAAUUAGUUUUUUGAAAAUCAAAUUGUUCCCUCAGAACUGAAUCAAACCCCAUUGUUUUUUAAACUGUAUGUUUUUGAUUGAAAAUUGAACUAGUUUACUGAAAAAUAUCUGGAUAUUAUUAUUACUUUUAUUUUUGGGAAAGAAAAUAGAAAAUAUCUAUUUUAAAAAUGUUGGUCCAAGAGCCAUUUUUUCAUCAAAACAAUGCUCUGCUCUUCAGCUGAUCCCCAAGAGAGACAUGCUGGGUCUUUGGAUGGGGCUUGAUAGCAUUUGAGGAAUCCGCAUACUCCAGAGUGGUUUUUGGAUAGUGCCUCCUUGCUAGGUGGAGCACCAUUAUAGAAGGUCUUUGGCUCUCACAGCCAACUGGCAUGUCUAUUAUUGUUCCCAAAAGAAACGUAAUAAGCCCAGAUCAACACAUGGCCAUGUCAUGGGGCACUGAGAAGAGUGGACCAUCAGAAAGUUUGGGAAGAGCACUGGGGGCUAUUUCUAUAUUCUAAACACCUCGGGACACAGGACCCACUAGCUGGAUUUCCUGAACUUCCUUCAGAACAAAAUAUUGGGGCGUAAAUGUCCUCUUUUCAUUGUCGUUUGUGCUUCUGAGCAUGUAACACAGCAGAGGGAUUUUGGUAAAUAGUAGGGAAUGCUGUACAGAUUUUUGUAUGUGGAUUUGAAGCAAUUGUUUACUGUAUAAUAUGAACACACACCAAAUCGGGACCUGGAAAACUGUGGUGGAAGGUUUAUUUUCUGGAUAUGUUUUUGUUUGUUACUUUUAAAAAAAUAUUAAUUCAUCUGCUAUUUUGUAAUAAAAUUAUCCUGCAGGGAGGGCUUUUCAUUCUUCUAUCCCCACUCCAAACACCAUCCCAGCACCCAGCUCCUGCUUCUUGCUACCUGCCUUAAAUACCGUAACCAAGUUGCUAACACGUCUCACUGUGGACAAAUUCCUGAGAUCAAGAGACAGCAGUUUUAAGGCUUGUAGUAACUUCAUUGCUCUCUGCAAGUGGGUUGGGGGUGGGCUCUUCCACUCAAGUUGGUGAAAAAUAGCAGAGAGGUGCUGAAGGAGGCACUAUUUCCUCAUACCACUGAGCUAUCUAAUCCUGCCUGUAGCUGAUGCUUUGGAGGAAAGUGGAACUUCCUUCCUCCUCAAAUGCAUGCGACUGACUGUGCAACACUGUGUAGGGAAAAGCAAGAGAGAGAAUUCCUCCCAGCCCUUCACAGGCGACCAUCAUCCAACCUGAAGCAUGAUACUUGAUCACCCUUAUCCUACAUUGUGUAGCUACGAGUGGCGUUAGGUUUUGUUAGAACAUGCAGCAUGGAAAAGCAGCUAAAGGGUUAAUCAGCAUUUUAAUCUCCCCCCAGACUUGGGCCCCCUCGUGCCCUGAAAUGAGCAUAUACGCGGUGAGGCUAACGGUCCCUCAUGGAGCCGUCUAAAAGACUUGCCACCCUGCCCAGACAAAGCAUGUUUGCUAACAUUGACCUCCAAGGCAUACACCUCUCCUGGCUCCUAAAAUCCCAUAGGUGACUUUGCAGGAGCAGUCUCCCAAGCAGCUCUCUUUAUUGGGGGAUUCUGAGGGGGAGGAGGGCAGAGGGAAUAAAACCCCUUCCUUGAGCAAAAAAAAAAA